AUUAUUUUUGAGAAGCAGUGGUUCUAUCUGGAUAAUGCCAUCGGACAUAUUUAUGGAACUACAUUUGAAGUAACCAGUGGUGGAAACCUCCAGCCAAAGCAAGAGGUGGAAGAGGCUGCCACAGAAACAAAAGAAGCAGGUACAGAUAAUCGUAACAUAGUUGACGAUGGAAAGUCUCAAAAACUGACUCAUGAUGACAUAAAGGCUUUGAAGGACAAGGGUAUUAAAGGACAGGAAAUAGUUCAACAGUUAAUAGAGAACAGUACAACAUUCAGAGACAAAACAGAAUUUGCUCAAGAUAAAUACAUAAAGAAGAAGAAAAAAAAAUAUGAGGCAGUUAUUACAAUUGUGAAACCAUCCACUCGCAUUCUUUCAACAAUGUAUUAUGCAAGGGAACCUGGAAAAAUUAACCACUUGCGAUAUGACACCCUCGCUCAGAUGUUGACUUUAGGAAACAUCCGUGCUGGCAACAAGAUGAUUGUAAUGGAAACAUGUGCAGGCCUUGUGCUGGGUGCAGUGAUGGAGCGCAUGGGAGGCUAUGGAUCCAUUAUUCAGAUGUAUCCAGGAGGGGGACCUGUUAGAGCUGCUACCAGUUGUUUUGGAUUUCCAAAAGUUUUUUUCGAUAAUCUUCAUGAAUUUCCUCUCAGCAAAGUGGACAGUCUCCUCUCUGGGACAUUUUCUAUGGAGACUCUGCCUUUGGAACCUGAAGGUAACGCGCUAGCGGAAGAAGAAAGCAAUGGAUUGACUGAUGAGAAGCAGACUUGCCUACAAGAAAUGGAAGAGGAGUCUGCUCCUGAAGCAGCUAUGGAGGUCAACCAAACAGAAGAGCAAGAGACAAUGGACAUUAAUGCUGAAGACGUAGAAUUCAAAGAGAACAAAGAAAAAGAAAGUAAAGAAAAUGUUCGGGAAAAGCAAAGAAAACAAUGGGAGAGAAGGAAAAAGCUCAUAGAAACUGCUGCUUUGUUGAGAGAGAAGAAUGCUGAUGGCUUAAUUGUAGCCAGCAAGUUUCAUCCGACUCCUUUAUUACUUUCUUUAUUGGAAUUUGUUGCUCCUUCAAGGCCUUUUGUUGUCUACUGUCAGUAUAAAGAGCCGUUAUUAGAAUGUUACACAAAGCUGAGGGACGGCGUUAUUAACCUAAAGCUGUCUGAAACCUGGCUACGAAACUACCAGGUCUUACCAGAUCGAAGCCAUCCAAAGCUGACAAUGAGCGGAGGAGGAGGGUACCUGCUGUCCGGUAUAACUGUGGUCUUGGAUAAGGGCAAAGCUGAUUCCAGUACUUCGGAAGCACUGAAGACGGACGAGCCAUCAUCGAAACGAUGCAGAGUUCAAGACCUUCACUGUUAAUGUUUGAAGAAUUGAUUUGUGUUUUAGAUCUUGGGAGGUUUACAGUUAGUGAAAUAACAAGUACACUUCCUGUGCUCGUGACAGCACAGAAAUUGUACCUGUCACACACCUGUCAGCAAGAAGCAGCAGAACUGCACCAUCGGGAGGCUGAGGCUCAUCUCGCUCUUCACCAGUUGACGUGAUCAGAGUGAGA